GGAAAACUUCCACUGUAGAAGGAGAAGACAAGUCUGAGUUUCAGAGGAUGUGGGAGAUUAAGCAAAAGGAUUAUGCUUUGCAAGAGAAGCUUAAUGUUGAUGUGCUUUCUCUCAGAUGUUGAUGUGUUUUGUCUGAUCUUGAUGACUCAGAUCAACACGCUCUUGAGGUCUGUUUUAUGUUUCCCCUUUUCCCAAUUACAUUUUCUGAUCAUAUAUGGAACAUUUACCGAAAGAGGCUUCUUUUAGAUUCAAGAUCAUUGUCAAAAAAUUUAUUUUUGAUUGGAUGGAAAAGAGGAAGAUGCCAUUAUCUGUAUCUCUGAUCAUGCAAUUCGUUUGGAUCUAAUUGCAAAGACUAAGUCUUAGAGGCAGCUGAGAACUGCUUACGAUGGUGGGGUUUGUACCCUGUGUGCAUUGGCCUACAAAAUCGGUAAGUCACCUUUUAUUGUUAAGUUAUCAAAUAACUGAUCUGAAAAUCAUAGAUCCAUUGAUUAAGUUGAGUAAUUAAUCAUAUAUCUUUCUCUAUCUCUAUGAUCAAACAAAUAUUGAAAGAACUCUGUACAUUGUGUUUGAAUUGGUUAUAUCAUCUUCUUUCAUUAUUUAAAAAACUUAACGUACUACGUGGAAUCAGAAAGAUGACUACAAUAUCUGCAGAAUGGUAAAGCCAAAGCCAUGUUAUCUCUGUUCUAUGUGAAUGGAAUCAGUUAAUGAAUCAUUUGUUCUCUGUUUCUGUUCUAUGAUUCCAAAGCCAUGUUAUCUUCUCUGUUUUGGCUUGAUUCAUUAUGUUAUUGAGUUCUUCUUCCUUCAUUUGCAGACUGCAUAUUUUGCCUUUGUAUUCAUUUGCUUCUAUUUAUUUUGCAUUAAAAUGGUUUACACAAAGUCUAUUAAACCAAGAUAAUGCAGGUGUUGCAAUUUGAAGUGGUUAGUUUAUUAAAUAAACUUUAUUUAGUGAUAAUAUCCAUAAAACGCAGCGUUUCAAAUUGUGUGGUUCAUGUGUUUUUGGGCCGUUAGUUUAUUUCUCACCAUCGCUAAACGAAUCUCGUAAAAAAAACCCAAAUGGCACCUUCCUUAUCACCAAUCAGAUCACACCACGUGGCAGUUAUCGGCGCCGGAGCAGCCGGAUUAGUCGCGGCGCGAGAGCUCCGGCGAGAAGGUCACUCGGUGGUCGUCUUCGAGAGACAAAAGCAAGUCGGAGGAACCUGGAUCUACACCGAUCACACCGAACCCGAUCCGUUAAGCGUUGACCCGACCCGAUCCGUCGUUCACUCGAGCGUCUAUGGCUCUCUCCGAACUAAUCUCCCCCGUGAGUGUAUGGGAUACAGAGACUUCCCGUUCGUGGUUCGUUCCGGUGUAUCGGAAUCGAGAGAUCCGAGGAGGUUUCCGAGUCACGGUGAAGUUUUGGCGUAUUUGCAAGAUUUCGCCAAGGAGUUCGCGAUUGAGGAGAUGGUUCGGUUUGAGACGGCGGUUCUGAAGGUUGCUCCGGCGGCGGAUGAAGGAACCGGGAAAUGGAGGAUUGAAUCUACGGAUAAUGAGAAGAGAGAUCGUCGUGAUGAGAUUUAUGAUGCUGUUGUUGUUUGUAAUGGACAUUACAUUGAACCUCGUCUCGCUGAGAUUCCUGGGAUAAGUUCUUGGCCAGGGAAGGAGAUGCAUAGCCAUAAUUAUCGUGUUCCUGAACCGUUUAGAGAUCAGGUUGUUGUGCUUAUAGGGAACUCUGCUAGUGCUGAUGAUAUAAGUAGGGAUAUUGCUAGAGUUGCCAAAGAGGUUCAUGUGGCUGGUAGGUCAAAUGCAGCUGAUACGUUUAUCAAGCGGUCUGGUUACAGUAAUCUAUGGAUUCAUUCAAUGAUUGAGCGUGUCCAUGAGGAUGGUUCUGUGCUUUUCCAGAACGGGAAAACGAUUUCGGUUGAUGUUCUUAUGCAUUGCACUGGGUAUAAGUAUCACUUUCCGUUUCUUGAAACCAAUGGAAAUGUUACUGUAGAUGAUAACCGUGUUGGCCCAUUGUACAAAGACGUCUUCCCUCCAGCAUUUGCACCAUGGCUCUCCUUCGUUGGGAUACCAUGGAAGGUUGUACCGUUUCCUAUGUUUGAGCUACAAAGCAAGUGGAUUGCAGGUGUUUUGUCAGGUCGGAUCCCGCUGCCUUCUAAGGAAGAUAUGAUGAAAGAAAUUAAAACCUUAUACUCUACACUUGAAGCCGAAGGUAUCGCAAAGCGAUAUACUCACCAGAUGGGGAUUACUCAAUUUGAAUACAGUAAUUGGUUGGCUUCACAAUGCGGAUGCCCAGAAACAGAGGAAUGGAGGAAAGAGAUGUAUUUAACGACUGGUAUGAGGAAGAGAGCCCAUCCAGAGACGUAUAGAGAUGAAUGGGAAGAUCAUCACUUAGUUUCUCAAGCUUACCAAGAUUUCUCUUUGUACACAUAAACAAACAAAAUCUGAGAAUGCCAAUACUGCCAUUUAUUGGAAUAUACUUCAUUCUUAUCACAAUGUACAAGUACACAAGACAUUCA